AUUGUCUCCAUAGUAACAGAGGAGCAGUAUGGAGGGACAGGCACAGUCCAGGCAGGUGGCCCCAUUCCCGUUCAGAUCAAGGAUUCACCUUUACUCCUGCAGCACAUCGAAGCUCUCCGACUGUCUGUCAAGCAGCUGAAGAACGAGAACAACCAGUUAAAGGCUGCCCAGAUGCGAGCAGAUUUGGCAGCACUGCCACCGAUCCAUGUUGCCAAGCUGUCAUUGACGUCACACCCUCAGGAGGAGGAUGCUGCAGUUGGAGCCCUGACUAGGAAGACCAACCAGUUACUGGAGAAGCUGCAGCAAAUCAGCGCCCAGGUCAAAGUGGUCGAUAUCUCGCAUCGAGGCCCAGGUGAGAUUACAAUCCUGAGAACUGAGCUCACACUUUCAGAGGGUCAGUGCUGAGGGAGUGCCUCACUGU